GAACUUUUGAUCUCGUCUUCUUUUAUUUUGCUUUCACUUUUAUUUUCUGUCAUUUUCCCCGCUUAUUGUCUCGCCCGCCCAAAGUCAUCGCAAUCCUAAACCCCUAAAUUUUGAAUUUCACUUCUCUUUCCCAGGCUACUCUAAUCUAAUCAAUUCUCAGCUCACAUAUCCAUCCAGAGACUAGAAAAUCAAUCUCCAAUUCAACUCGAUCCCCUAUGGCAAACUUCGAUUCCACUUCAUCUGCUCUUCCCCUCGCUCCUGCUCCUCAAUCUCUGAAGAAAGAGAAUGUGAAGCCGAUUAACUCAAAAAUUGCGGAAUUGAGUGAGUCGAGGCAGGAGCUUAUGAAUAGAAUUCAGAACUUGAAGCAGGACCUGCAAGGUUGGAGGUCAAAAUUAGAAACUCAAGUGACAAACUAUCGUGAUGAGCUUUCAGAACUCAAGAAAUCACUUCAUGUUGAAGUGGAACAACUUCGAUCGGAAUUCCAAGAAUUGAGGACCACUCUUCAGCAGCAACAAGAGGAUGUUACUUCAAGCUUAAGAAAUUUAGGGCUGCAAGAUGUUUCAGGAGAUGCAAAAGAGGUUGAAGAUCCCAAGAUUGAGGGCAAUGAGGAGAAAACUCAGGAUUUGCCUGGAGAGGAUAAUGGUAAAGAAAGUGAAAACUGAAUGGAUUUUGAUUUGCUCCUGAUUAGAGCUCAAACUCCUAGAGGAGGGAAAGCAUGUUUUUCUGAUAUCUUAGUUGGGCAUGUUAUUCAUUGUCUGGUAAGUUAAAAGGGACAUCAGCCUCUUAUCUAGAAGAAGAUCGAGCUCUCAUCUGAAGUAAGUGCUUCUGGAUGGCAUUUGCCUAUUUAUCUCUAUCGUGGACUAUCCUAUUUUGAUUUUAAUGUUUCUGCUCUGCUGUGAACAAGUCUAUCAUCAAAUCAAUUGUCUUUGAGCCUACAACAGCUUUCUCUGCUUAAUUUGGUUUUGUGAGCCUUCCCCUCCUUUUGAGUCAUUUUGUAUGUUUUUGUUUACAUUGAAAUGUGAAUUUAUUGGUCUAUGCUUUGAGAUUAGCAUAGUUUUUGCAGUAAGUUUAACCUUGUCCGAGCAUGAUUCAGAA